CCGUUCUGUCCCUGUCUCCAUUCCCCCCCCAAACAUUCUCCUGCUCUGCCUGGGGACACCUGGCACUGAGGGGACACCUGGCACUGAGGGGACACCUGGCAGUUCCUGCCCCUCUGAGAGUGCCAGGGGUCUGUGGGCACUGGGGAAACUGAGGCAGGGAGAGGCCACGGUCCCAGCCCUGGCUCCAGCCCCGUGUGUGGCCACAGCCGUGGCCCUGGGGGUGUCCCUGGCCACUGUCCCCGACCACCACGUCCUCCCCGAGCUCCGCGUCUCCGCCGAGACCGGAGCCAUCUUUGUCCACGAGCUGGAGCGGGAGCCCUUCCUGGAGGCCUUCGGUGGCAGCGAGGAUGAUGAUGCCCCGGUGACCUUCCGUGCCCACCUCUGGGGACACCCGGACCUGCCGCGGUGGCUGCGCCUGGCCCAGCGGGGCCCUGGCCAGCCCGGCUUCCUGUACGGCUGCCCACUGGCCCCAGAGCUGGGCACCCACAGCGUCCAGGUGCUGGCCUACAACCGCCACACCUUCGCCACCGCGUCCCAGCUCCUCCUCAUCGGCGUCACCCCCGCCCCAGGUGGGGACGCGCCGUUCCAGGCCGAGUUCCUGGUGGGGGACAGGGACGUGGAGGAGCUGCUGCCCGAGGCGGCGCGGGAGAUGUUCCUGCAGGCCUCGGCCGGGCUCUGGCAGCGCGGGGACCUGCACGUGGUCAAUGUCACCUCCGCCCUGGACCGCGGCGGCCGCGUCCCGCUGCCCAUCGAGGGCCGCAAAGAGGGGGUGUACGUCCAGGUGGGCUCGCACAGCCCCUUCUCGCCGUGCCUGGCCUCGGCCGUGUCCCCGCAGAGCCGCGCCCGCUGUCACCGCGGCCAGCGUCCCCUCGCCUCCUGCUACGACACCUUCGCCCCCCACUUCUCCAUCCGCUGGUGCAACCUCACCCUGCUGCAGGUGGCUCCCAGCCCCACCCCGCCGGGGCCGCUCUGGGGGCCGGGGGUGCUGGAGGAGGGGGGCGGUUUUGAGCCCCCCAGCGAGGUCCCCCCCCGGGAGCUGCUCCCCGCCUUCCUGGUGACGCUGCUGGUGCCGCUGGCGGUGGCCGCGCUGCUCUGCCUGCUCCUGGGCCACCUCAUGUGCUGCCGCAGGGAGGGAGUGGAAAAACGGGACUUGCAGACGUCUGAGGCUGGCUCCAUCCCGCGCUGUCCCCGCAGCAUCCAGCUGGUCCAUCACAGCUCCAUCGUGGGCGACACGCGGGAGCUGCGGCUCAUGGCCGGCAGGAGGGACGUGCCCCGGCCGCUCUCCACGCUGCCCAUGUUCAACAUCCGCACGGGCCAGCGCACCGACCCCAUGGGCAGCGCUCGCCAAGGGGCCCGAGCCCCGCUGCUCCCACCCUGAGGGGACAUCGGCCACGCGGGGACACCGCCAGCGCUGGGGACGGAGUGUCCGGGGGGGGUUUUGGGGGGCAAAACCCCGGCAGGGUUGAGGAGGAGGAUGAGGAGGAUGAGGGUCCGGGUGGGCUCUGCCCGAAGGAUUUGGGGUGUCCUCCCUUUAGGGUGGAUUUUGGUGGAUAAAUUAAAUCUUCGGUG